CAGCUAUGUUGCUGAUCAAGCCAAGCCCACACCGGUCUCGAUCGCGUCAUUCUGCUCUGACCAGACAGCAUACACAGUUUUGUCGGUGCUCUCACUGGUUGGCAGCCUCAUUAUUCUUCUCCUGGUGCUGUACCUGCGGUAUGUUCGGGAGUGGAAGUUCACAACCUUCAUGGGCGUCAGCAUGAUGAUGGCCCUGUCUGGAGUACCGAGCGAACUGGCUUUCAUAAUCCAGGUCAACUUUUAUGACCUACCAGCAUACAUCCAGAACAGCAAGGCAUUUGCAAGACUUGUGUUCGGCUACUUCUUUUAUGGCCAGCUGUCGUUCAUGUACCUGUUCUCCACGAUCGUGUUCACUGUCGACCUCCUGUUCAGGUACAUCCUGCAUCUGAAAAAGUUCCAGUUCUCCCUAAGGUGGUCGCUGAUCGCCACAUACAUCCUGUCGCACACAUUCUCGAUCCCGCUGCUGUUCGUCGAUGUCUACGUCCAGGACUGUAUUUUAUCGCCGGCUGAGGAUUCCACCGGUGCCUGGAUCGCCGUGUCGUUCCACCUGUAUGCAAUCGUAUUCGGUGUCUGCACUAUCUUCGUCAUCAUCGCCAUCUCCUUCAGCAUCUUCAAGGCCAUGCGCAUGCUCCGCAGCGCCCGCAGGUGCCACAGCGAAGCAUGUGUCAACCAGCCGGCAUUCGUUCGCGACCUGUACUUUGGGCAGAUCACCCGGCUCAACAUGUACUACGUUGUGCUCUACCCCGGUCUGUUCAUGGUCGAGAACCUGUACAUGUCGUCGGCGCGCAUUUUCACACUGCCGGUUAUGAUGCUGAACAACACUCUUGUGCAGUAUGCAAUGUACUUGCGUGUGGUGACGGGGAUGGCUGACCUGGCCGUCGUUUUGCUGAGCCCGGUGAUUCUGCGCAACAUCCACAAGGCUAUCAAUAGGCUGCGCAGGCGCCACCAUAGCAGCCUGGAGAUGUGCGAUGAUUCGCUGCCUCCGGACACGCUGCUUGUGCACAGGUUGUCGGACUUUGUACUCAGGAUAUCGCCCCAGGCAGUCAUCCAAAGAUUCAGCUGGACCAGCAUGAGUAUGGAUAAGGAGCAGCUGCCUCAUGAAUCUCCAGGCCCCCACGGCCAGUCGCAAUUCCAGGUCAGCACCGCAACCAUGGUCGAGGACCCUAUAGCCGAGCACCAGGCCAUCGAUAUCUCGUCUGAAUCCCGGCUUGCGGUCCCCAAGCGCUGCCACUAG